UCUACUCGGGGGGCCACUACGCAGCCAGACUGCGAGCCGUGAGGGUAGAGGUCCGGGUAUUCGCACGGAGAUACACGCGCCGAGCAACGUGCUAGUCCGACCACGCCGCUCAUUUUCCACUUUGUAUCGUCAAUUCGGAAGAAAGGUACGAGAGAAUAAGAAGAAAGAAUAUAACAUAAUCGUUGAAGAAAAGGAAGAAGAAGAAGACGAAGAAGAAGAAGAAGAAGAAGAAGAAGAAGAAGAAGAAGAGGAAGAAGAAGAAGAAGAAGAAGAAGAAGAAAAAGAAGAGGAAGAGAAAGAUUGAAGAGAUUGGAAAUUGUACUUGCCCGAAGGAUCAAAGGAUCAACUUUAUAAAAAGAAAAUAAGAGGAAAGUAAAAGAAGAAAAAGAAGAAGAAGAAGAAGAAGAAGAAAAAGGAGAAAAAGAAGAAUUUUCUAUUCUACGUGCUAUUACAGAAUACUCUCGUAUUUUUUCCUCACCCUGAUAUCUCUAUCUUGUGUGUGUUAAUCAUUCAUCGUUUUUAUCCUCGAAGAAAACGAUUUGUCGGCGAUUGAUCGGGAAAAGGGUUUUACCGGUUGAAAUCAUUCGCGAUUACGGGGUGAAAAGAGCGAGUGCGCGACGUCGAGAACGAACAGGAGAACAGGGACGUCCAGGUGGUGCGCGUCCGACGCGUUCUCGACCUAUAGAGACGCACGUGGGACGGACCUACGGAACGUGCGAGGAAGAGAAAGAGAAAGAGAGAGAGAGAGAGAGAGUGAGAGAAAGAAAGAAAGAGAGAGGGAAAAAGAAAGAUAAAGAAAAAUCAAAUAUAGAAAAAGAAAAAGGAUUGGUUAACAAAGAUUAUAAAUAGAACUUGGUGAGUUUUGUGUGGACUUGUGACAUCAAUCGAUUUGUGCUCGGACAUUUUACUACUUUGGACUCCUCAUUAUCGAUUACUACACUUUUGAAAUUGAAGAAACUUGGACUGACAGGUGUGAACAAAGUUUAUAUAGAUUAAGAAGAUAACUGUGUGACGCUCGAAACUCAAAGUGAAAUCGCGAAGUGACGAUAAACUUGAAGAUUUUGUUUUUCUCUCUCUAUCUCUCUUUUUCUCUCUCCCUCUCUCUCUCUCUCUCUCUCUUUCUGUCUCCGUUUCAGUCUCUUUCUUACUCUGUCUUUCUCUCUCUCUCUCUCUCUCUUUCUUUCUUUCUCUCUCUUUCUCUCUCUCUCUCUAUCUCUUUUUCCCUCUCUCACUCACGCGUUCACAAGUUUAACGAGCGACUCCUAAUUAUCGUUGGCAGUGAGCAAUUACGAAGAGCGCGUGACGCCACGACGGGACACGUCAGUGUUUUUCUGCUUCAAAAUUAUACGCUUUCGUUCAGGACGUUCGUCGUCGUCCUCGUCGUCGUCCUCGUCGUCAUAGUCGUCGUUGCCGUCGUCGUCGCCGUCGUCGUCGUCGUCGUCGUUGUCGUUGUCGUUGUCGUCGUCAUUGUUAUGGCGAUGAGCGAACACGCACGCUGCUGAACAAAUAGAAUAAUUAAAAGCGCAUUACGUUUCGCUGCGAUCGUUCUGUCUCAUUAUCUUUUUCUUCGAGUUUAUCGAGACAAAAAAGGAAAAAAAAACCCACACCAGUCAAGAGGAAAAGAAAAAUUUUCUUCGAAGAAUUGAUUGUCUAUCUUGCUUUAUCAAAGUGACUGGUAUAAGCUGAUUAAACCGUGGUGACUUAUCGUAUAUAGUCGGUCACGUGAGAUUGACUAACUACAUCUAACUAAUUACAUACCGGUUAAUUAAACGUGCCGUUAGAACAGGCUGAUGUCACGAGAGUUGAAGAUUUUCCCGAAUCGUUCGUUCCUCGACGUCGGUCUACCACCGACCGCGAGAUUCGCGAAGAAGGAUUCUACUGAUCUUACGAACGCCGUUGAAGGCUCGUGAAGAAGAAAAGGAAAGAGAACGAUCUUGGUAUAUCUCGUGAAUUCCAAGGGAAAAGGAUCGAAUUCCUCUUCGAUCGACUUUACCCGCAUCGUGGGAGAGAUAAAUAACGGAGGCUCGUCCAACUCGCGUCAGGACGACGUCCCACGUAGAGCGGUCGCAGCUCAGUUUAGAUUACGAGUCCCCGGCAUGCAAGGCUGACAUGGCGGAGGGUUCGGCCGAGGAGGAACAGAGCAGUACCGCUGCGCCCGCUUCCCCUCCAGCUGAUCUUCGCACUCUGAACACCCAAUUGUCGCCGCCUUAUCACCAUCAACCCCAUCUCCAGCCACCGCGUCUUCAGCAUUUGCAGCAUCCCAACAUGUUGGCCACCGCCGUACCGCCUAGGCACAGCCACAGCAUGCUGUCUCAUCAGGUGAAAACGGAAGCCGAGUUGGACGCGUCGUACGACGUGCCAUUGAAUCUCAAGAGCGAGGACAGCGACAGGAGUAGCAGUGGAAGUCCAGAACCAGCGACAGGCGCUAUGCACGAACAUCAAAUGAUGUUGGAAGAUAUAAAGAAUUCGCGGAAAAGACGACGGACUCCGUCUCCUGAGAACUUACAUCAAGCGAAACGUGCAGCCGUACCACAAGCACAUCUUAAUGGAACCAUGGCCGCGAUGGUUACCCUUCAAAAUCUACAAAAUUUAGAAAAUCUACAGAGUUUGGAGAGUCCCGAAUCGGCGACAGGCUCGCUUCAUGAACAUCAAAUGAUGAUGGACGAUGUAAAAAAUUCUCGGAAAAGACGGCGAAGUCCGUCGCCGGAAAAUCUCCAUCAAGCGAAACGAGCGGCGGUAGCGCAAGCUCAUCUCAAUGGAACUAUGGCCGGUAUGGUGACUCUACAGAACCUUCAAAAUCUAGCGAAUCUUCAGAAUCUUCCGCAGGUCGCUUCAUUGGCUGCUGGUCUUCAGGGAAUGACGGCUGGACUGAGCAACAAUCAGUUGAUCAAUACCCCUUUGAAUCUCACCGUUAGCUCAUCCGGGGGCACCGCACCAACUGCCUCGAGUACAACAGCAGGACCACAUCUUUUACCACCAAGUCCAGCGCCAAUGGUGACGUUACCUCAGCUAUUGUCUCAACCACAACCAGUAGCAAUGCCGCAAUUCAUCCUUAUGUCCGGUCAAUUAGUUCAGGGUCUUCAAGGAGCCCAACUUUUAAUCCCUACCUCUCAAGGUAUAGCAACGCAGACUAUAUUGACCAUUCCCGUGAACCACGUAACGAAUAAUCAAAUGGUCAACUUGGCACUCAGUAAUGGUCAAGUAGUUUCUACGACAUUGGCGAAUCUUCAAUCGAUCGCACAACCUCAAAAUAUGUUGAACACACCGACGAGCAACGUUCCGACAAGUCCGAGUCUGGCAUCGGGAUUAGGCUUGAAUCCCGCAGCACUGCCUCACCUUUUGAGCAACAGUUCAGCGAGCCAACAGCUUCUGAAUGCAAUGCAACCCCAGCAGCUGCUUCAGGCAGCUCAAGCGGCACAAGCUCAGGCAGCGCAAGCCGUCCAAGCUGCCCAGGCUUCUCAACAACCACUUCUCACGACGUCACCGCAACAGCACAGCCAUCGACAUGGCUCGCACAUGAAUCAUUAUACGCCAACAGAAAAGCAUCACAGAGAGAGACCGGAACAGUCGUCGCCUUUGAACGAAUCUGUAGUCUCCGCAGCCUCUGCUCUAAACAGAUUGACGUCCAGCAACGGUGAGAUUACUAUCACGACGACGCAUGGUCCUAGUGGAGCUGGAGGAAUAAAGGCCUCGCCAAGCACUUUGCACAGUCCCAAGGAGGAAGAAGAUGAUCUCCUCAACGAUUCCCCGAAUCAACCGACAAUCAACGAAGCCACGAAUAACGUUGUGGAUGGUAUCAACCUCGAUGAGAUCAAAGAGUUCGCGAAGGUUUUCAAACUUCGUAGACUUUCGUUGGGCCUAACGCAAACACAAGUUGGUCAAGCCCUUAGCGUUACCGAAGGUCCUGCUUAUAGUCAGAGUGCCAUAUGCAGUGCCCUGGCUACCCAGAUGUACGCUGCCUCGCAGAUUGUGUCACAGCAGCAAGCUACAUUCGAAAAGCUGGACAUCACACCUAAAAGUGCGCAGAAAAUUAAGCCAGUGUUGGAGAGGUGGAUGAAGGAAGCCGAGGAAAGUGCGCGUGAUUGCAGGUACAAGAGCGGAGUAAAUCAUCUCACGGACUUCAUCGGAGUUGAACCAACCAAAAAGAGGAAGAGACGGACGUCCUUCACACCUCAAGCUUUGGAAUUGCUUAAUGCUCAUUUCGACCGAAAUACUCAUCCCAAUGGUACCGAAAUUACAACGUUAGCACAUCGUUUAGGAUACGACAGAGAAGUGAUUAGAAUUUGGUUUUGCAACAAGAGACAAUCGUUAAAGAAUACUGCGAGAAUGAUGAAGGGAAUCGAGUAAAACGACGUUGAUCGAUGAUCGUCUAUGGAAAAAAUCAGUGAAGAAGAAGAAGAAGAAGAAGAAGAAGAAGAAGAAAAAUAAGAAGAAGAAAAGAAUCGCUUCGAGGAUGAUUCGAUAUCUCCGAGAACGUAGCGAGUUUGAAUUUCGAGGGUCGUUUUACGAGAAGAAAUCGCACAAGGAUUAAACAAAAAAUGAAUUGUCCUUUUUAAAAUCAAGAUUUGUUGAUCGAAUUAAUGAUCCUUUCGCGAUUUUUACUCUCGAAAAGAAAACGAUGUACUUUUAUAAUUAUCCGGUUUCGUUCGAUCGUUUCGUUAAUGAUCGACAAGUGAUCUAACUCGAUUCUCUGAAGACUGUAUUCAUCGAUCUUCCGGUCUCAGUCCAUCUUUUCCACGAGGAAGAACGAAAUAUCGCAGCAUCGAGCUCGACGAUCGAAACUGAACGGAAAGCGUAGCGAAACGAAAAAGGAAAAAAAAAAGAAAAAAAAAAAAAAGAAAAGAAAAGAAAAGAGACUAAAAGUCCUUAAGGGCAAUGUGAUCGCAGAGAGUAUACGAAAAGAUCUAAUCUGUAAAUUAGCUUUUAUAAUCCUGCUCGCGGAAACUUUCAAAUGUGAAAGGGAAAUUAAGCGAAGAGUAUUUUUUUGUUUGUUUCUUUCUUUCUUUUUUUUUUUUUGUUUUUUUUAUUUUUUUUCCGAAAAACGAAGGAUCGACUUUUUCUUCUUUCUCUUCGUUUUAGUAAAAAAAAAAAAAAAAAAAAAAAAAAAAAGAAGAAGAUGAGAAAAAAGUAGAACCAAAAAAAAAAUAGAAAAAAAAGAAGAAAAAAAGAAAAAAGAUUGUUCAGAGAUCUUGAUUAACAACGACACGUAACUUAAAUGGAAAUUACCAACCGUUGGUAAUACUCUGUGGAGAUUGAAUCAUGUUACCAAUCGAACGAAAAUUAUCUUCCUAGAUUCUCAUCACAAAUCGAUUCCUAAAAGAUCUUAGAAUUAGUAUUUCCCAUGGAUAAAACCGAACAUGACUUUUAUAUGUUUCGAAUACAUUGUAAAUAAAUAAAAACAAAAAAGAAAAAAAAAAAAGAAAAAAAAAGAAAAAAGGAAAAAAAAAGGAAAAAAAAAGGACACAAAAAAAACCAUUCUGUCAGAAGUUAAUUUUUGAGACUUAAAAUCAUUGCGAUCGAUUCGAUUGAAUAUUUUAAAAUAAUUCCAAGGAAAAAAGGACAACUAAUCAUGACGAUUCUUAUUGCUUGGGCUAACUUAAUAAAAUGACAUUGUAUAGCCAUUUAAAGUAUUCAAUCCUGAUGAGAAACCACGGAAGAAGAGUCAAUCACAGUGAUUAAUUAAAUCAUUUUUAUUAAUACAGAGAAAGAGGAAAAAGUAAAUACUUCGACGUCUCCAUUAAACCAUAAGAGCUAUAUAUAUAUAUAUAUAUAUAUAUAUAUAUAUAUAUAUAUAUGUAUAUAUACAUACAUAUAUAGCAAAUAAAUAAUGCAAUAACGCGACGUUGAAAGUAUGAAAGACGUGUAGGAAAGAAAAGAAAAAAAAAAAAGGAAAAAGAAAAAAAGCAGAGAUCAGAAUUACAUCACACCUCGGUUCUCAAAUUUGUAACAGAACUUCGAAGAUUUGUGAAAAACUAAUCCGCAAUCGUUUGAGAUCAAGAUAAUAAUAUAAUAAUUCAAAUGCGAUCUCGCAUCUCGUGGCAUGAAUUUUUUCUUUCUUUCUCUUGUUUUUAUUCUUUAUCCUCGUGGUUUAGAAACGGGACUCAAACUUUUUUUUACUCUUUUUUUUUCACUUUUUUCUUUUUUUUUUUUUUUUUAAUCAUCUUCAAUAUCUCUUAUAUUUUUCAUCCUUCUUGUACUUAUUCAAACUCGAACGAAGCUCACGAAAUACCGUGUGCGUAUGUAAUAAUCGUCAUAGAUUAAAAUUAUUACAUGUACACGCUCAAAUUAUAUAUAUAUAUAUAUAUGUGUAUAUAUAUAUAAUAAUAGUUAUCGAUGCAGCUUCCUUCGAGAUAUUGUUUUUAAUCUCAGACACUCCCGAUAAUUUUAAUAUUAUUAUUUUUAUAAAUAAAAUAAAUAAAAGAGAACGAGAUCGAAAGCUUUAAAACUGAUCGAUGACAAACUUGACGAUUUCUCGCAUUAAAACGUGAUAAAUUAAUAGCUAAAAGCCAUAAUAAAAUAAUAAUUAUUUCUUCUAAAUAAUACGAGAGCGGAAUGAGAUUUGAAAGAUUUAAGGAAUAACAUCGUACAUAUAUCGUAAUGUACUUCGUAUCCUUUUUUCCCCCUCGAUGAAAGAAGAAGGAUAAAGAUAGAUAGAUAGAUAGAUAGACAGUGAGAGAGAGAGAGAGAGAGAGUGAGAGAGAGAGAGAGAGAGAGAGAGGGAGAGAGGGAGAGAAAGAGAGAGAGAGAGGCAGAAAGAGAGGAAGAAAUAGUAAACUAAAAGGUAAGAAAAACGUGAGAUACCUUCGUUAUAAUAAUGGACUAUUUACUACCAAUAAUUAUUCAUCCAUUACGUGAAUAACAUUGAGAAUCGAUGAUAAAAAUAAAUAAUAUUAGUUAGGUGCGCGAUUUCAAGUGGUUUAGCCCCGUGUACAUAUAUUAAGAUUAUCGAUUAUAUAUAAGCGUUGUAAUAUUUAAGGAAUAAACUUUUAAUAAUAUCGUAGGCUAUAAAAUAGCUGAAUUCGUGAGAAAUUAAAUUGACAUGGUUAAAGUAUACUUCUAAAAACGACUAAUGUAAGCGGAGCAACAAGGAAAUAGAAGACGAAUGAAGAGGAUGCUGAAAUUCGCCCAGCAAUGUGUUGAGACAGCAGAGAGAGAGAGAGAGAGAGAGA